AUGAACCUGUUCAAGGAGGACUGGCAGCUAUCUCAAUUCUGGUACAGCGACUCCACCGCAGACAAACUAGCCGAUGCUCUGUUAGAAGGAGCCGAUGCCACCACGGUUAUCGCUAUCGUUAGUGCACCAUCCGUGUAUGCAGCAAUCCAAAAGAGGGACGACUCCGAGAUCCCUACCAAACACAUCUAUUUAUUCGAAUAUGACACAAGAUUCGAGCUCCUAGCAGGAAAAGACCACUUCUUCUUCUAUGAUUACAACAAGCCACUUGAUUUUGACGACAAACUGAAAGGCAAAGUAGACAGAUUAUUGAUAGAUCCACCUUUCUUGAACGAGGAUUGCCAAAGUAAAUCAGCACAGACUGCCAAGAGUCUUUUAGCUCCAAAGGAUGGCUCAAAGACGAGCGAUGGUCUACUGAAACAUCGUUUGAUCAGUUGUACCGGUGAAAGAAUGGCACAAGUUAUAAAAAAAGCAUACCCUGACACCGAGAUAACAGAUUUCUACCCAGAACACGGUAACGGUCUAAGUAAUGAAUUCAGAUGCUACGCCAAUUUCGAGUGGAGUGGUUGGAAGUUCUCGAAAUGA